AGUUCGUGUUCGCCAUGUUUCUUGAAAACGUAAACGGAAAAGAAAGCGGCAUUUUUAUGUAAGUCUAAAAAGUACCUUAUACAGUUGUUGUGCCUGAACGUUUCUGGUAUCUGGUAGAGUAAUGUGAACUCAUUGUAAUAGUACCUUUUCACAAUUUACCAUUAUUAUAAAUUGGCAAUAUGGCUGUUCCAUCCGAAAAUUUGAGAUCUUUUCAUCUCUACGUGACUCAUGUGGAUUGUGAGGGUCACUUUCUGAAGAUAAGUGGACAGCUCGACAAGCAAGCGUCAUUGAUGUUAGAAACUCUGUUUGAGAGCGCCCGUGAGAAUUUUGAAAAAGGAAUUGGGACUGUUCCUCCGGCAGCUAUUCAUGAGGGCAUUAUAUGCGCAGCGAAAUACAGAGACGGUAUUUAUUAUAGAGCAAAAAUCACUAACACAAACAACCUAGCUACAGGUCUUGUUGGGGUACACUUCAUAGAUUAUGGUAACAAAGACAAUAUUUCCCUAAGUACCAUCAGAUUUCUGGACAGUUAUGAUCCAAUAUUUUUGCAAAUGCCUGGUCAAGCUACUGAAUAUUUUCUUUCACGAAUUAUGCAUCCUUCAGGAAAAUGGGAGGAACCACUUCUCUUGAAACUUCAGAAUUUACUGUGUAAUGCUGAAUAUCCAGUGACAGUUGAUGUACAAACUCGCACACUACCUAUUAUUUCGAUUCAGUUCAAGGGUACUGAUUUAUCUACACACCUUGUAACAAAUAGAUUGGGCAUUGCAAUACCUGUGAAUAAACAGGAGAUAUUACUCCUACAAAUGUCUGGUGAUAGUCAACUAUCAAAUUGGCAGCUGUCUAGCUUUGGAAAUGAACCUACAUAUACUGAACAUGUACCAUUUUUAAUUAAUCAAAAUUUUCCUAUGAAUCCUGCAUCAGCAAUGCGUUUGCAACAAAAUAUUGUUCCAUUCAAUGGCUCUGUACCACCUCCUUCAUUGAUCAGUCAAAGAUUAAUGGUUAACAAAGUACCAAGGAAUUCUGUAAAUUUGAGACCUCCUUCACGCCAACCUCAACAUGCUGGCAAUUCAGUGUCUGGAGCACCAACAUCACCACCAAUUGUAACAAAUAAACCACUUUCACCAAAGAAAUCUACUACAUACAAAAGUCGUUUACUGGAACUAAACUCUCAACAAAAAGUCUUUGUAUCAUUUGCCGAAGAAGGACCUGAGCUUUUCGCAGUGCAGCUUGUUCCUGAUGCAAAGAAAUUCCAAGAUAUGAUGGAUGAAAUAAACAAGCGGCCUCACAGUAGUCUUACAGAACCACCAAUGAUUGGAACAGUAUGCCUCGGUAGGAUGUCUGGUGACAGGAUCAUCUGUCGAGCAAUUGUCAUGAAUUUAUCUGGGUCUCAAUGCAAACUAUUUUUUGUUGAUUUUGGUGAUACUGAAAUGGUGUCAUAUUAUGAUAUUUUCGAUAUCCCUGAAGAAUUUGUAAAGCCUAAUGUUUUUGCUAUGAGGUUCUGCUUAUCUGGAGUAAAAAAGUUAGAGAAGGGUCCACACCUGACUGAGACUUUCAAACAGCUGGUGAAUGGGAAAGUACUCACAUUGCGAGUGGUGGCACCUGAAGGUCCUCCAUUAAUUCAAUAUGGAGAGUUGUAUUUGGAUAAUAAGAAUGUUCUAGAUCUCCUAUUAGCAAACAUGAAAGAUAAACUUCAAUUCAAAUGGAUGAAUAUGUUGACUUUGGGAUCAAAACAAUCAGUCUUAGUGUCAUAUGUAGACAGUUGUAUAAAGUUUUAUAUCCAGUUGUCAGACAAGAUUGAUGAGCUGAAUGCUGUAAUGGAUGCGGUGAGAAUACAUUGUGAGAACAGUUCUUCACCUGGAGAGUUGCCUGUGGGUGCUGCUUGCUGUGCAAGGUUUCCUGAUGAUGACAAUUGGUAUAGAGCAAGAAUUAGACAUACAAAAGGAAGUAAAGUAGUAGUGGCAUAUGUAGACUAUGGUAAUGAACAAGAAGUUAAUAUAUCAGAUCUCAGAACUAUUACCCCAGAUCUCAUAAGAUUACCUGCACAGGCUAUGAAAUGUGCACUGAAGGGCUUUGAGAGUAAACCAAUUGAGACAAAGACAUCAAAUUUGUUGGAAAUGCUGGCUCUAGAAAAGACUUUGAUGGCUCAAAUUGUUGGUGUGCUAUCCAGUGACACAAUGUUAGUUUCUCUUGUUGAUGACACUGUUACUCCGCCACUAGAUGUAGCACGGAGGAUGACUCAACUUUCACAACCAAGAGUUAGCAAUGAGGCAAAAGCGACUACACCAGUUCGUAGAGACGCACCAGAUACCUUCAGCUCCCCAGAAGGCAGUGUUCCGGAGGAGGGUCGGAAAAAAAACAUUAGGCGCGAAAAAAGUUUCAAAGACGAACGUCGUCCGAAAGAAAACGAGGAGUUUGCACAAAGAGGCGGCAGCUUUCGUGGCAGGGAUAAUAAGGAUGGAUUUGAUAGAUCCGCGCCAGCUAGACACAGUGAGAAGUUUGGCGGGAGGCAAGAUAGAGGAGAUAGGCGUGGUGGACAAAAACCUUGGGAGAAUAACACGGCACACAACGCUGCGGUGGCGUCUACGUCUACGUCUGCUCCUGACGACAAUUGGGAACAAACCCCAUCUCAGUCCAACCUGCAACCGUCUCCCAGCCGACCACAUAACCGCGAUAAUAAUAGAGAGAGAAGAAAACCUAGGUCGGAUCAUCACGAUAAACCCGGUCCAAGAUCCGGAUGGAAGAAUAAGGAUACGACUGGAGUCGGCAAAAGACUAAGGCAGGCAGCAGAGGCUGCCUCUUUAGACACCCAGAACACGCAUCAGAAAGGCUCGGUGCAAGAUAGAUUAAAACGUGAUAAUAAAUUUGGUCAUGAUCAAAAUCAAGAAAACAGAAGUGAUGACUGGGGAAAUAGAAACAGGGAGAAUCGGUCAGACCGUAGGGAAAACCAGGGUGAGAGACGAAACAACUGGGGAGAUAAAAAAGAGAACUGGAAUCAAAAGAGAGAGUUCAGGGAAAAUAGGCAACAAGGUGACAGAACACGAAGUAACUUUACACCUAGAGAACGCGCUGAGCGCUCCUUCAAUUCUGACUCAGACAAAAGGUCUGAAAGGAGCAACCGUUCUCAGGAAAGUGGCCGAGGAGAUCGGUCCGGUCGCGCUCCGGCCUACAAAACUCGAAGCAAAUUCACUCAAGUACAAUAUAAAGAGUUGCAAGAACCGAUUCCCUUAGAGACUCCCUUUAUCGAACCAACUGUCGAAAUUGGCACCCAACACGAGAUAUCAGUUACAUGGAUAAUAUCUCCGGAAAAUUUUUACACACAAAUAUUAUCUCUGCAACCUAAAUUCCUUGAAAUGAUGCAUAAAAUACCAGUAUUGUAUAAAGGUGUGAAGCCUUAUUCUGGAGUAGUGCCUGUUGGAGCAUCAGUGUUGGCGCGAUACCCUACUGACGGAGUGUUGUAUCGUGCUACUGUGAUCGCUGUCCAGCCGUCUUCACAAUUUAUAGUUAAAUAUGUAGAUUUCGGAAAUAAGCAGGUGGUGGAGGCUAAAGAUAUAUGGCAAUUGGAUAGACAGUUAAUGGAGCUCCCUAAGAUGGCUGUCCAUUGUUCUUUAUUAGGGGUUUCACCAAAGGACGGGGAAUGGAAGGCGAAUCAAGAAAUAGAUCUAUGUUUCAAUGCGCCUCGAUAUCAGUGUGUGUUCCAAGAAUGCUUAGACGAGCAACUAUACAAAGUAUCACUUUGGAAUAAUGGAGCUAGCGUCGCAGAUAUGCUUGUCGAGAAAAGUCAUGCUACUUUGUCUGAACAUCAGUCAUCUGUUACUUUGAAAGAUGAAGCUAUCGACUUAACAAUUAUCGUGGGCCAACAAAUCUUAUGCAAAGUCACCCAUGUGGAGUCAUUCGAAAAAUUCUACGUCCAACUAGAUUUAGACAAAGCAGCUCUAGUAGAAAGUGCCAUCGACACCUUCGAUAAGUCACAACUUACUCCAUUAUCAACGGACAGCCUCGCGGAAGGUAUUCACUGCACUUUGAAACAUGAGGGAAAGAUAUACCGAGCUAUUCUCUACGAUGUUGCAGACACGGCUAAUAUAAAAGCCGUAUUGCCUGAUUACGGAAACUGUGUGACUACAACUUUAGAAAACCUUAUGAUAUUACCAAGUGAGCUCAGUGUGUACUUCUACCAAUCCCUGGAAUGCAAAUUAAAUAACUAUACGUCAGAGUCCAAGACACUACUGUCACUUGAGGAACUUAAGGAAUGUCUGACUGCUAAGAAAUAUAUUAUAUACAUCAACGAUGUUCAGGAUAUCAGUUUGGUAUCCACACUAUACGAUAGUGUGACUGGCCAGAAAGUGGCUAUAUUUGAGCCAGAUGAAGGUGCAUAUGAUGAAGUAGUCCAACUCUGUAUGAGAUCUGUUUUCAAUUACAACUUUGGAAUGGCAUACAUUUCUCAUUCUGAAAAUCUGAACGAAUUUUACCUGCAAAAGUCUGGUGAUGGUGACAAGAUAGCACUGUUACUGGAUGAUCUAUACAAAUUUUAUGAAGAAGGAACCCCAGAAGAUCUUACAACCUUUGAAGUGGAUGGAUUAUGUGUUGUCAAAUCAAGUGACGGGAACUGGUAUCGCGCAACCAUUAUCAGUGUUAAAGAAAAUGAUGUCCAUGUUCAAUUUCCUGAUUAUGGAAAUACUGAAACAGUACCCAAAACAAGUGUCAAAAAACUUGAUAGUAAAUUCUAUGAACCUUGCGCACUUGCCCUUGUUGCUAGUUUAGGUCUUGUAGCCCUUCAAGAAGACGCAUUAGCCAAACUAACAGAAUGGACCAAUGAAAAAGAGGUUCAAGUUACUUUAGCUUUUGGUAACGAUGGCUGGCUUGCAAGCUUACAUUUGGAUGGUGUGGACUUAUCUAUGAAACUUGUCAAUGAAAAAUUAGCAACUCCACAAAUAAUUUCCAAUGAUGAACAAAAAAUUGAAACUACAGUAGAAGAACCAAUUUCAUUACCAGCUGGCUGUAACCAAGUAUAUAUUAGUCAUAUUGAUACACCAGGGCAUUUCUGGUUACAGAUGAUUGAUAAAAUUGACAAAAUAGAAGAAAUUCAAGCUGAACUUCAGAGUAAUGCGGCAACAUAUACGGAUAUCGAAAGUCGUGAACUGGGCACUUUGUGUGUAGCCAAAUAUUUAGCUGACGACAAGUGGUACCGCGCCGAAAUACUCGACUCUGAUUCUGACAUAAUUACUGUACGGUUUAUUGACUAUGGCAAUACAGAUGUAUUGGACAACCAACCUGAUUUAAUAAAAGCGAUACCAGAUAAACUGAAAGAAAUUGAGCGUUAUGCUGUUAAAUCAAGUGUUAAUGCUGUGCCAACUGGCACGGGACAGUGGUCUGAGCCGGCAUCGGACUACUUCACUCAACUUGUUGGUGAUAUAUCAUCCCCUGUAGAUGCUCUAAUUGUCCUGAAAGAUAUCACUACUUACGUUGAUAUAUAUGUUAAUGGUAUCAAUAUUACUGAUAAGUUAGUUUCAGAAGGUUACGCCACGAGAUCUGAGGAAACAGAAUGUGGAGACUUACCGUCCUGUUUUGCUAGCCAUGUCAACUCUCCAUCUGAAUUUUGGAUACAGCUUGAAACUGCAACUCCUGAAUUACAAGCUAUGGAGUCAGCAAUGAUUGAUGCUGAAAAUUUCCCUGAAUUAACAGAUAAAGAGGAAGGUGUAAUUUGCGCUGCUAAAUAUCCCGAAGAUGGUUCUUGGUACAGAGCUCAGGUGAUUGUUGACGGUUCUGAAGGUACAGAAGUUCUCUUCAUGGAUUAUGGUAAUGCAUCUAUCGCUAAUGAGUUACGUAGUCUUCCUGAUGAACUUAAAAUUAAACCAGCUCUUUCAAGAAAAUGCGCUCUACAAAAACCACGUGAUAUUAAAUCUUGGUCACGAAAAUCUGAAGUAAAAUUCAAUGAAUUGGCUGCAGAAGGUGCAACAAUUUUUAACGUGCAAUUCAUUGCAUCUGGGGAUAUAUCUAUUGUAGAACUUUAUCUUGACGGUAAAUCUGUAACAGAGGAACUUAUAGGGCUCUGUGAGGAGCAUCCCACUAGUGAACGACCAACACCUGUUGGACAAGACUUAUACAGUAAUGGCAAAGUAUGUUAUGUUAAUGCUUUAGACGAAUUUUAUGUGCAACUUGAUGAAAAAGUCUCAGAUCUUGACAAAAUUAUAUACAGUCUUACUAACGCCUCCGAAUUUGAACCAGCUACUGAAUUGAAAGUAGGUUUAUUAUGUGCCGCAUUUUGGACAGAGGAUGAACAGUGGUAUAGAGCAAAAAUCCUUGAGUUUUGCGAUGUUGGUUACCAUGUUCAGUUUAUAGAUUACGGCAAUAAGGCUAAAUGCGAAGAAUUCCGUCUACUUCCUGAUGAAAUUUCUCGUAUAGAACCUCUCGCUAAGUGUUGCAGAUUGGUUGGAUACACUGAGGAUAAUGUAUCAAACGAAAAUAUUAAAUCAAAACUUGACGACCUUGCAGCUGAUGAAUCGGUAACAUUCCAAAUAGAAUUUUUAGAUAGUACCAAGGAACCAAUCUUAAUUAGAUUAUUACUGGAUGGGAAAGAUGUUAUUGCAACAACUUCUGUGCCAUCAGAAGUUAUUUCAGAGAACAGAGAGGAUUUCGAAAAUCCAACCAGUAAAGAAAUUACUGAUACUACUGAAAUAACAGCAGAGCUUAAUAAAUCUAAUGAAAUCAAUGAAUCCACAUUAGAAAGUAAUGUUGAAAAAGUAAAUGCCUUUAAUACUCAAGAAGUUGAAGAAAAGGUAGAUAAAUUAGAAAAAAGUGUUAUAAGUGACCAACAAGCAGAGGAGCCAGUUAGUGAGCUUAGCACUUCACAACCUGAUCUCGAUGAAAGUAUAAGUAGCACUCAUACAGUAAUAGAGAAUAAGUCUUUUGAAGGUAAUAUUGAUAAUUUAAGUAACGAAGUAAUUCUUGAAACAAAUGGAGAAAAAGAUUCCGAUUCAACAACGAAUUUGCCUGAUAACGAUAUUUCACUAGAGAACACUUCAGAUAAAAAUGUUCCCACAAAAAUACCAGAAAAUUUAUCAGCUAAAAAUACAUCUUCAGAAACUUCAGAGAGUAUUAAAGAAAAUAUCCAGUCUCCUGAACGCGAUGAAUCGAAAGAAUCCAUUAAUACAGAUACAGGUUAUACCAGUGAUGGUGAUCCAGAUAAACUGUCACCCUCUGCAGAAUCUAUAUCCCCUGCAAACGAAUCAUCGACAAUAGAAGCUCCAGCUAAAGAACUAAUUGCAGAUUCGAAGGAUAAAUCCGAUGGAGUUCAAGAUAAGGAAUUGAAAGUGUAAAUUAUUUAAUGUGAUAUAAUCUCAUUUAUCUGGCUAAAGAGACAAAGUCUUCAUGACACUUAUGGACAUUUGCUUAAAAAAUGUUAUUAGUUCUUGGACUUAACUUAGUUUCUAGGUAAUAAUAAAACAUUACACAGUGUAAUGGAAAACUAAGUGACUGAUAUAUUAUUGGUAAUUAGUAAUACCAAUUGUAGUUUUUCUUAUGUUGACUUUUGUUACAAGAUUCUAUUUGAAAUAUGUGUCAUAUGUACUUUUAUGUCUGUCAUUGUGUUGUGAUUUAUUUAAUACCAGUGUAACAAAUGUGACUGUAAGUUAGACACUAUUUUUUAUUACUUAUUAUUCUUGUUACACAAGAAAAUUUCAUAUUUCUAUUUUGUUAUAUCUCUAUAAUUUAAUAAGUCAGUAUACACUUAAUACUUAAUGAACAGUAGACUACUCAUUUUCAUGUAUCGCUGACGUAAGUACUAACUGCUCAUACAACUUACUGUUUUGACUGCAAUGUGAGUAGUUUUAUAAUACUCUCAAAAUGAUUUUUUUGGUAUAAGAACUCUGGGAUUUCUUCUAAUAAUAGGGAGAUUU